CGCGGGUCUGACCCGUGCUUUCCAAAAUGAUGCUCUCAAGGGCACAGCUGCCUUCGAUAAGGAGCGCUUGAAGGGGAAACCAGGUCACGUUGGAGCAGCGAGCGCCCGAGCUGCUGGCGCUGUGAUGCCCGACGCCGCUCGCUGGAGCUGGAGCCGUACGCUUUGGCAGCGCUAUGGGGAAACUGCAGAGCAAAACCAACCUCCACACCUCCAAAUACAGGGCUGAUGGCUCUGCAGAGAAGACGGGGCCUGUUAGAGGUGUUCAGCAGUACAGCCCAGUGCAUGCCGACGCAGUCACUUCUGUGGCUGCUCUCAAACCAGACCUCUGCGUGUCUGGAGGAAAGGAUAAGAGCGUGGUUGUAUGUAAUUGGACAUCCGGAGCUGUACUCAGGCGGUUUGUUGGACACGAACGUGAGAUCACCAAGGUCACCUGUGCCCUUGACUCAAAGAGAGUCUUCAGCGCAUCCCGUGACAAGACUGCGAUGAUGUGGGAGCUUCACGGGACUUCAGAACCAAGGCAGCAUUUCCCAGGACACGACCUGGUCGUUACUGGACUAGCCGUGAGCCCAGAUGCCUCCCACCUGUGCACAGGUUCACGAGACAACACCGUUUGCAAGUGGGACGUAGAGACUGGAGAGCGCCUGUGCAGAGCUGGUAUCUCCAGGAAUCUGGUGACACAUCUGUGCUGGCUUCCCGGGGAGCCUUACGUCAUCCAGGCCUCAGAGGAUAAAACGAUCAGGAUCUGGGAUAGCCGGGAGCUGCAGGUGGCACAUACGUUCCUGGGCAAGCGGCACAUUCAGACGUGCUGCGAUGUGAGCCAGGACGGGCGCUACUGCGUCAGCAGCAGCGGCGGCUUCGCUGGGGAGGGCUGUGAAGCAACCCUGUGGGACCUGCGGCAGACGAGGAGCCAAGUGCGCGAGUACAGAGGGCAUCUCCAAACCACAGCCUCGUGUGUCUUCCUUCCCCGGGGCCUGGCGCCGGCCCCUGUCAUUGCCACGUCCUCGUACGACCGCAAAGUGAAGAUCUGGGACCAAGAGAGCGGAGGUAGGGGAGGGAGCUGCCCACCGAGCGGGUGUCACCCUGGGCUGCCGCAACCGCUUCCUUGGUCUCUGUCUCCCUGCGGUGAUGGGUGCAACGGAGCCUGUAAUCUCCGGGUUUUUACUCGAAUCCAGCCACAGGGCAGGGAUGGAGAUGUGCCCUGGAGCACUGCUUCAAAUGGGCUUGUUUAAAAUAGG